ACAAGCGAUUCUCGCAGUUUGAUCUCGGAGGAAAAGUGUUCGUGGUCACAGGUGCAGCUUGCCGUCCUCCUCCCACUCCAGAGAGCAUGUACUCCAGUGUAACCGAGUUAACCAAUUGCAGGUGGCGCGCGGGGUCUGGGCUUGUGUAUGGCCGAGGGCCUAGUGGAAGCCGGCGGCAAGGUCCACUGCCUCGACAUCCUACCGGAACCGGAUAAAGCGUUCGCCACCGCGCGAGAACGCAUCAAAGGUGAAUAUGGAGGCGGCCUGGAAUAUCACCAGGUCAACGUCACUCACGAUGAGGAGCUGGAAAAGACAAUUGCGGGCAUUGCCGCGGAAAACCAACGGCUGGAUGGCCUUAUUGCAGCGGCCGCCAUCCAGCAAGUCACCCCCGCGCUCGAGUAUUCCCACGCCGAUAUUGCAAAAAUGCUCGAGACAAACUACACUGGCGUGUUCCUCUCCGCACGCGCCGUCGCGCGCCAGAUGUACAAGUACAAGAUCCAGGGCUCAAUCUGCCUGAUUGCCUCCAUGAGCGGCAGCAUCGCCAACAAGGGCUUCAUCGCUCCGGUAUACAACUCAUCCAAGGCCGCUGUGGUGCAGUUGGCGCGGAACCUGGCCAUGGAGUGGGGCAGGAUACAACCAGAUGGAUCGGGCGGUAUCCGCGUGAACUCGCUGAGUCCCGGACACAUUGUCACGCCCAUGGUUGAGGAGAACUUCCGAAGGGGCGAGGCCGACCGCGCUACCUGGGAAGAGAACAACAUGCUGGGGCGACUGAGCACGCCCGAGGAGUACAAGGCUGCAGGUCUGUUCCUGCUUAGCCGAGCCAGCAGCUACAUGACUGGCUCGAAUAUGGUCAUCGACGGAGGCACCACUGCUUGGUAAAGUUCGGAUUUCGUCGUCUUCAGCUGCGCAACCUUUUUUCCUUCCUGUUU